GCAGACGAAAAAUGUCCGACCCGGCAGAGGAGCUAUCCAGCAAGCCCUUUGCGGCCCAGCUGUCCAACGUCUACCUCAGCAUCUUGGCGCUCUUCUGCUUCAAACUCUUUGUCAAGAUCUCCCUCAACCUGCUCACCUACUUCUACAUCGUACGCGGGAACCGCAAAGAGGCAGCCAGGAUAUCCGCAGAGUUUUACGACUACGCUCAGCCACGCGGAUCAUGGACAGACCGUUCUCCGCUUCACGAUGCCGCCAGUCAGGGUCGCCUGCUGGCCCUAAGGACCCUCAUUUUACAGGGUCACAGUGUCAAUGCCCAAACCAUAGACCACGUCACCCCUCUUCACGAAGCCUGUCUGGGAGACCAAGUGGCCUGCGCUAGAGCCCUCAUUGACGCCGGCGCCAGCGUCAAUGCCUCCACGGUCGAUGGCGCCACACCGCUGUUCAACGCCUGCACGGUGGGCAGUGUGGCGUGUACGGAAAUCCUUUUAGAGAACGCCGCCAAGGCUCAGAGCCUCGUGCACCACCCGUCACCCAUCCACGAGGCCACCAGUAGAGGUCAUUACGGUUGCGUGGAGGUUCUGCUUACAUGGGGUGCGGACGUGGACAUGGACAUUCCGCACCUGGGCACGGCCCUCUACACAGCCUGCGUCUGCCAGGAGUUGGAGUGUGCCAGAAAGCUCCUCAGGGAAGGUGCCAAUGUCCAAAAAGGCAAAUCCUUGGACUCCCCAUUACAUGCGGCGGCGGAGAAAGACUGCACAGCCAUUGUGAAGCUGCUGCUAGACUUUGGCGCCGACAUUAACGCCAGGAACACUGAAUAUCAGAGGCCGGUGGAUGUGGCCCCGCCCAGCAGUUUAACAGAGGGCUUCCUGCUACUAUACGAAGCCACACCGCGACUGCUGAGUCAGCUGUGUCGUCACUGCAUCAGGAAGUGCGUCGGCCGGGACCGACUUCACCUCCUGGCCCAUCUCCCAUUGCCUGGCCAGAUCAGGAACUUCCUGCGGUACCAGUGAAAGUUAUUUUACUGCAUUAUAUUUACAUAUUUUGCAUUUCCUUCAUAAAUAUUUGUGAGGAAAAAAAUAAUAAUUAUUCAUAUUUUAAAUUCAA